GUUUUUUUUUUCAGGUUCCUUUUGCAGAGGUCAAUAGGGACUUCAUGACAUGAAUCUGGAUGUUUUCAGGAUGGCACGCUCUCUGAAUGAAUGGCUAUGGCAGCAUGAAUACUGGCUCCCCCCAGGAAUCACCUGGGAGGACAUGAAAGAGUCUGAAGAUAUCCAUUACCCUCAACCUCAUGAUCUCCUGCUCAGCAUCCCUUUUGCCUUAAUCUUGGUUGUCAUUCGGUAUUUCUUUGAAAGAACCAUAGCCCUGCCCCUCAGUGGCAAACUGGGUGUGAGGGACAAGCUGAGACCAAAAGUUCAGCCCAACCCCAUUCUGGAAACAUUCUACAGUAUGCGCUGCAAGAACCCCAAAGAGGGUGAGCUGAUCAAUUUAGCCAAACAAUGUGACCUGCCAGUCAGAAAAGUGGAGAGGUGGUUUCAGCGCCGGAGGAACAUAGACCGACCAAGUCUGUCAAAAAAAUUCUGUGAGGCCUGCUGGAGGUUUACAUUUUACAUCAUUUCCUUCUGCACUGGACUUGCCGUCCUGUAUGAUAAGCCUUGGCUUUGGAACCAUAGAGAGUGCUGGACAGGAUAUCCACAACAGCCUCUCCAGCCCUCUCUGUUCUGGUACUACUUGCUAGAGCUCUCCUUCUACUGCUCACUUGUCUUCACCCUGCCCUUUGAUGUGAAGAGGAAGGACUUCAAGGAACAAAUAGUCCAUCACGCUGCAACCAUCUUCCUGAUCAGUUUCUCGUACUGUGCCAAUUACAUCCGCAUUGGGACACUGGUGAUGGUGAUUCACGAUGCUUCUGAUUGCUUCCUAGAGCCAACUAAGAUACUGAAUUAUAUGAAGUGGAAAAAAACUUGUGACUGCCUGUUUAUGAUCUUCUCAGCUGUUUUCCUCAUCAGCCGCCUGGUCAUUUUCCCCUACGUAGUGCUCUAUAACACAUACUAUUACUCCAUGGAGAUAUUCCAACCCUUCUUUGGAUACUACUUCAUGAACACUCUUCUGAUAACUCUGCAGCUGCUCCAUGUUUUCUGGUCCUACCUAAUUAUUCAUAUGGUCUACAAGUUCAUCCUCCAGGGCACGAUGGAAAAGGAUAUGAGAAGUGACACAGAAGAAAGUGACAAGGAUGAAGAAAGAGAAAAGAUUAGAGAAAAGGAGAAGAAUGGGAUCAUGCAUUUCAGAAAUAUCACAAGCAACAAUUGUAUCCAGAGGAAUGGGUCCCAGAAGCAGAACAACAGAACUCAUCUCACCAAUGGCCAUGCCAAGGAAAGAUAGCUACUGUUCAACUGCUCUCUGAUCUGGUCUUUAAUGGAUCCAGUCAACCUUCUUUAGAAACAGUUUUGCUCAUUGUGUAGGUAAAAAGGAACGUGACUGCAGUAUCAUAGCUGAAUUCCUGCUUCCUGUAAACAGAACUGUAUAUAGUCACUGAUAUUUGAAGGAUAUUUUUGGUCUUUCUCCAAUAAAAGUUUUCUAUAGGUUGUAGCCUUGAAGCAGAUAGGAAGGGAUCAAAGUGGUUUUACUUGUAUUAGACAGUAACAUAGUUGUUAAAUGUGUUAAUCUUGAAAAAUACUCAGAAUAGUGGAUAAACUCUGGCAAUGUCAAGUCUUAACUGCCUAAUGUUGUUUGGAAGGAAUUUGUUUAGCCUUGACCAGCCUUUGGAGGUCCUGGCCUAUUGCCACUAGUGAUUAUGGCUAGCAAGUAAGUGUGAGAACCUAAAUCUUAAUAGAGGGACACCUCUUUUGUGAAGACAAGUGACCCACACAAACUCAUAAAGCUAAAAUUGAGCAUAGCUUUAGAUAAAAGCUUUGGAAAGAGGUAGGAGAACACAUUUUCUUCUCAAAGGAAAUGCUGCUCUAUAGCAUAUGAUCAGUUUUGAAAUGGUAUGGAUCUCAGUCCCUUCUGUCAUCAGCAUUACUGCUGCAAAAGUAGGAGCUCCAAAACCUGGAUUGCAGAUAGUUCCCACCUAGAUCACUGUUGGAAGAGCUGGAAAAUCCAGGCAGCUGUGUCUCAACUGUCAGCUAAUCCUUUAAACCUGUCUUGGAAGGAAAUGCUGUCAGGAGAAGGGAGGGAACGAGAAACCAGAUAUUCUAGUCGACAACCCUGAUUAAGUAUUCAUGUUUUCACCUUCUGUAAUUGGCGCAGUGGGAGAUCUCUGUGGAGUCAGCUUGUAGUAAGAAAGGAAUGGCUUUACCCCAUCCUCAGUGG